CAUGAAACAAAUUACAAUGAAAAAUUGACUGUAAGUAUGGAAUAUUUUUAAAAUUUUAUUAGGUUUUUUGAACUUGUUGCUAUUACUGUUCUUUAAACUAGACCUAUUUUGUUUAUUAAUUGUACGGACGACAGCGAAGAAGUCAUUGACAUAGUAUAUUUAAAUCGACGGAAGAAGUAAAUAGAUUAAAUAACAUUUUGUAAAAAAAAUGCGUGUCUGAGUUUAUAUUUUCGAAGUGUAAUGUUUUGUAAAUGGUUUUGUAAUCAUACUUCAAAAACAUAGUAUCUGGCAUAAUGCCAACCGGUGCUGGAAAUAGAAUGAAUGACGCGCCUACUACACUAGAUUCCAGUCAUAACCCACAUUAGUUUAUUAAUUUGCAAUGGAUAGACAACCUGUCAAUGCGAGUUACCAUGGUUCAAUGAGGAGCCGGGACUCGUCGUCAACCGGAAGCGAUGCAAGAGAGAAAAUCAAAGAUUGCUUCAGGAAAUUCGUAGCGUUCAUGUUCACGCAAGUGGGUGUUGGUGCUUUGGUUGUAUGCUAUGCCAUACUCGGCGCUGCUAGCUUCAUGCAUAUCGAAAAGGACAACCCUGAUGAGCAACUCCAACACGUACGAAAGUGGAGACAAAGUUGUGCCGAAGAACUCUGGAACAUAACAGUGGCAAACAACAUUUUUAAUGAGACUUCGUGGGUGUUAAAAGUGGACAAAGUUCUAAAAGUAUUUCAAAACAAUAUUACAGCAGCAGUGCACACAGGCUACAAUGGACGUUCUCCUGAGGAUAUAUGGUCCUUUCCAGCAGCUCUUAUGUAUUCGUUAUCUGUAUUUACAAUGAUUGGAUAUGGAAACAUCAUACCUAAAACAAUAUGGGGCAAAAUAGUGACCAUAGCUUAUGCAUGCUUUGGUAUACCUAUUUACAUUCUGUAUUUUUGUAACAUGGGUAAAGUAUUAGCUCAAACAUUUAAAUGGUUGUACAUAACAGCUCACGAGUGUAGCCGGAGAGAUGAUGCAGUAUUCGAAGAGGGUGAGAUUAUACCUGUCAAAAGGAAGAUAACUGUACCGUCAACAGCGUGUCUUUGGGUCAUAUCAUUUUACAUUUUAACAGGCACCAUCAUGUUCGGAGCCUGGGAGAAAUGGAACUAUUUAGAUUCAACUUAUUUCUGCGUGAUAAGUUUAUGCAAAAUUGGUUUUGGUGACUUUGUACCUGGUGCUAACAUAUCAGAUUCAGCUGGCGGGUCACACUUAAAGCUGGUUAUAAAUUUUAUCUAUGUGCUCCUUGGGAUGGGUUUGGUGGCGAUGUGCUAUAAUCUUAUGUGUGAGGAUGUGAGAGUUAAAGUUAGAGAGUUAAAAGAAGAUCUUAAAAAUUGUCUUGACGAUAUUACCCUGAAGAUAACAGUGUGCAUGAAUGACACGAAACAUUUCCAUCAAAAACAAUCGAGACACGUUAAGUGAAUCAUUAUAUCUUUAAAACAUAUUAUAAUUUUAAAUUGUUCUUGUAUUGAAUAAUUGUUUUAAUAAAU